AUGAUGAUGAUGUUGAAGAGCAGCAUCCUGCUGAUCCAGAAGGAGCUGGGCCCAGUCAUCGGGGUGCAGCAGCAGCAGCUGGGACACGUUCAAGACGAUCAGCAGCCAGUGAAGCCAGGCAGAAAGUUCGAGAUCAACUUGGAACCCGUCGGAAAAAGGCAGAGCCGAAAAAACGUGGAAAUAAGCCAAAAAUUGCGGAACCCAUCGAAAAUUUGGAUGUAG